AUGAAGCUGCUCUCUGCUUUUGUCGCGCUUGUCGCAACCGUUGCUGCUGUUGAGGCCACGGGCUCGCACCGCAUGGUCCGUGCAAACCGCCACGCCAACCUUGCGCACCGUGCGGCGUCGUCUUCUGAGACCGACGGCUCGUCGCGCAAGUGCAACCGUCGCCACACCCCGACCAGCGUCCAUUCCAGCGCUACCCACCCAGUCGCGACCUCAUCGGCUGCACACAAGGAAGCGAAGGCGGUCCCUACCACGACGAGCUCAUCUCAUAAGGCAACGAGCACGUCCUCCAAGCCGAAGGAGACAUCCAAGGCGUCGAGCUAUGCCGAGACUUCCAGCGGUUCUGACAAGUCUUCUGGAGGCUCUUGCGGUAACAAGGCCGCUGGCGAUAUCACUGCUUCUGGCGGCCCCAACGGCUCGCAGAAGUAUCUCAACUGUGGUAUUGACGGCAGCGGCUGGAACCCUCCUGACGUCACAGUCAACGACCUCACCGUGAAAGAUCUCAACGAAGUGCGCAACAAGGCGUUCGAGCCUUGUACGGAUGAGAUGAUCAGCCUGUUCUACAAAUAUGGCGACGCUUUCGGCGUCCCGCCCAUCUUGCUCGCCUCCUUUGCCAUGCAGGAGAGCAGCUGCAACCCGAAGACCGUGGGUGGCGGUGGAGAACAGGGUAUUAUGCAGAUCUCGAAGGACAAGUGCGGCGGACGUAGCCCGUCGGCGUGCCAAGAACUUGACUUCAACAUCAAGACUGGCGCGAAGUACUUUUCCGACCAGUUGAAAGGCAACGACGACAACGUCAUCCUGACCGUCGGGGCUUACAACGGGUACUACAAGGGCAUGACCAAGGCCGAUGCGACUAAGGCUGCGAAGAGCUCUUGCUGCCGUUGCCAACAGAAUCUGGACUACCUUCAGCAGUUCUUCAACGGGUGGCUCUUAGGUUACAGUGCCUACGACAGCCCUAUCAAGCUCGGCACCUACUUCAACCUCGAGGUGUGCGGCUCCGACUAA